AUUGUAAUACCCGUAGCUCGUGUUGUCAUUACAAACAGAAAAAAUUAUUCUGAUGCGAAUGGCUUGCUGGAUUUUGAAAUCAAGAUUGGAAACAGUUUGGCGAACGAAGGGCGAAAUAACACAAAAUGUGGAGAUCGACAUUCAGUACCACAUGCAGAAAAGAAGGAAAUUUCCUGUUCACCACCGUUGACUGGAAGUUAUCUUGUCAUUCAAUCAUUCUCUUCUAAAGUUUUAGUCAUCAUCGAAGUCGAAGUAUUUGCUGCUGCAUCAUAA